GUAACGGAAAAGUCAGCGAUAUGAUAUUUUAUGAUAAAACCGUGGUUCAACUGUAAUUCAAUCGUUAGACAAUUAAAUACCGCCUACUGAUUUAGCCUCCGAUACUGGUAUUUCGUAGUUGAACUGCUGGUACUGUUUAAUUUACCAUACUUUCAACAACAAAAAUAAUGGAAAACAAUGAAGUCAUAUGACAGAUUGUGAUAUGAACCAAAUGCUCUCCUCCAUUGAAGCAUUUCCUGCUCACCCUCCCUUCUUUCGUUCCUCUCUUGUUCAGCUUAACCAUUCCACCAAACAACCACCACGCCUCAAAAAUUCCUCCCUAUUUGUUAUUAGUACUUCUUUCUUCCCCUCUCUCUCUCUCUCUCUCUUUCUCUCCAUUCCGAAAUUCCCCGUCAUGUCGAACUACACAGUCGAGUCCACCAAAGUGGAGACCAGCGACGGGGCGGCCAAGCUCCAUGCCAGGUUCUUCAAGCCUAAAGAAGCAGAAGACAAAGCAGGCGGCGGCAGGGAUGACUUGGUGAUUAUGCUCGUGCACCCAUUUACGGUUUUGGGCGGCUGCCAAGCUCUACUGAAAGGGAUUGCAAUUGGGUUGGCCGAGAGAGGCUAUAAAGCUGUGACCUUUGACAUGAGAGGAGCUGGGAGAUCCACGGGACGGGCUUCCCUUACUGGGUUCGCUGAAAUCAAGGAUGUGAUCGCCGUUUGCAAAUGGGUCUGCGAGAAUCUUGGCACCAGAAGGAUUCUCUUGGUGGGUUCCUCUGCAGGUUCACCAAUUGCUGGGUCUUCCGUCGAUCAGAUUGAGGAAGUUGUCGGCUAUGUAAGCAUAGGGUACCCUUUCGGUAUGCUGGCCUCCGUGCUAUUCGGGAGGCAUCACAAGGCCAUCCUACAGUCUCAGAAACCAAAGCUCUUCAUUAUGGGAACACAGGACGGGUUCACGAGCGUUAAACAGCUGCAUAACAAGUUGAAGUCUGCUGCUGGCCGAGUCGAAACCCAUCUUAUUGAAGGGGCCGGCCAUUUCCAAAUGGAAGGUCCUGCUUAUGAUGCUCAGAUGGCCAACCUCAUCCUCACUUUUGCAGCCUCUUUAUAAGUUAACGACAGAUGAUGGUACGUGGUUGUAGUCUGUAUGUUUGUUCAUGGUAGUAACUGAUGAUUCGGGUUGCUGCUUCUAUCACCAUGCUCGUGCUCCUUCUCCGUGCGGUGUAGAGAAUGUUGUGGACCUCAUUGAAGCUUAACCUGCGAGACUAACGAAAAGGUAUGGUGGAGGUAUGAUAGCAAAGCAAUUUAAGAAUUGCUAUAGAACUGUGUGAUAAAAUCAUAUCGGUUUGAUCACCGGCCCACCAUGGUAUCCCAAACAGUUUAUUUAUAUUGUUUAUAUGCAGGUACUCAGGUCAGUGCUUGUGAUACCUUUCCGACUGUUUGGUAUGAAUCAAAUGAGAAUCGGUGAUCAAAUCAAUGUGGUCUUAUCAUGAUCUAUAGCAGUUAUUACACAGUUUUGCUAUCAUACUUCAUUGUACCUUGAACCGACAAGUCUAAACAGGUUCCUUCUGCAGUAGUACCAUUACACAGAGCAGGAUAAUGGAAUCAAUUGUGUCAUCAUUCAUGGUUGUAGAUCCACAAAGAUAGCAUUGAAGAGCAAAUUUCAAAGGAGGUUUUUAUUUCCUGCCAAACAAGGACUAAUCAUUCGGAGCAAUUUUACACAAGGAAUGGAAUAUCCAAGUAGUGAGGACCAGAAAAUUAAAAGGGAGAUUCAAAUCAAAGGUUACAUCUUCCAUUGUUAAGUAGUCAGAGCCACAUGUAUUUGGUUAGUUACUACCGAAUUGUAGCAUUCUAUUGUACAAGUUAUGGCACACUACUGAUCAUCAUAUGAUCCAGCUUUCUAUCCUCCUUGACCCUCUUUGUUCCCUUCCAGAGGGCGACUAUUGUUGUACACCUGUUUUCUCGAUCGUUCUUGAUCCAAUGAUUGUCCACGGGAAACUUGUGUUCUUCCCCCAUCUGCUUUCAAUAAACACAGAGAAAGAUCGCAUUGUUUCAUCUUAUAGUUCAAUGUACCAUCAACAUUGCUGAACAGUUCAACUGUUUUCCCAUCUUUGUUUGGAUGAGAUUUAAAUUGAAGGUAAAUGAAGAUAGAUUCAAGCG